CUGAUCCAAUCAUCUUAUUUAACAGAAAAAAAUCGCGAAGGUCGGUUCUACAAGAUGGCGACCGCCUUAAUGGCGUUACCCUCCAUCACUCCAAAGCCUGAGAAGGAAGAGAGCAAGACGACUGUUCAAAAACUGGUCGAAAGUCCAGAUUCAUACAUCAAGCACCCUUUACAGAACAGGUGGGCUCUUUGGUUUUUCAAGAAUGAUAAGAGCAAAACUUGGCAAGCCAACCUUCGGCUCAUCUCCAAAUUUGACACAGUGGAGGACUUCUGGGCGUUGUAUAACCACAUUCAGCUGUCCAGUAACUUGAUGUCCGGCUGUGACUAUUCACUCUUUAAGGAUGGUAUUGAACCGAUGUGGGAGGAUGAACGGAACCGGCGAGGUGGUCGCUGGCUCAUCACGCUGUCCAAGCAGCAGCGCAAGGCUGACCUGGAUCGGUUCUGGUUGGAGACGCUCUUGUGUCUGGUGGGCGAAGCGUUCGACGACCACAGCGAUGACGUGUGUGGCGCAGUCAUCAACGUAAGAUCCAAAGGGGACAAGAUUGCUAUCUGGACUACGGACUACGAAAACAAGGAGGCCAUCACGCACAUCGGGCGUGUCUACAAAGAGCGGCUUGGAGUUCCUUCCAAAGUGGUCAUUGGCUACCAGUCGCAUGCCGACACGGCCACAAAGAGCGGCUCCACUACCAAAAACAAGUUUGUUGCUUGAUGAUGUGUACAUUUUUUCAAAUGAUUAACAAACAAGAGAUGGGGACAGUUGAUCCUUGUUUGUGUAUUUAAGUUUCUUGACUUGAAUACAGUGAUUGGCUGCAGCUCUCCAUUGGGAUGUGUAAUGGAGGAUCAUUUUUUGACAGUAUGUUUUUGUUCCCAGGAAAGCCUUUUCAUCAAGCCACUUGUACAAAGUGUGAAUAGUUAGGGGGAAAAAAAGAGAAACUUAUUUUUGAAGAAAUGAACAACACAGCAUGUGUAAAUUUUUUGAGUGCCUAUUUAUUUUUAUUUCACAAAUUGAGGUGUUUGUUAAUGUUCUUUGUUUGAAUCUACAGAGUUAUUUGAGAGCAAGUGUUCCGGAAGCCAAGCUAAUGGAAUUAUUUUUGUCAGAUGUUCAGCCUUUGUGUUUGGUUCAAAUCAACCUCAUUUGAGUUUUGUUUCAGUUAUGAGUAGUACUGCUGCUAACCGUGUCCCCGGACAAUGAAUGUGCACACCACAGAUGCAAAUAAAAGUAAAGAAAGGAGUCCUCCUCUUUUCAACAAGCCACUGAGUAAUGUCAGCAGACUAAUUUCACAUAUCUUUAGAGUGACUAAAUGUCCAAGACACGAUUCUCAUCUUAGUGGUUGGACAUAAUAUUGUUGCCUGCAAAUGUGUUGUUUAAACACCUCCUUUACCAAUGGCAAGAAACUUACUGGUUCAGUU